AUGCUCUUCAAGCUCCCCACCUUCCCCCUUACCCUCGCUCUCCUGAGCGCCCAGAUCCAGGCCCGUGGUCCCCCUGCCCUGACGAACGUCGGCAACCUCAUCUCCCCUUCCCAAGGACAAACCUUCAAAGUCGGCGAUGUGCUUCCCUUCGAGUAUAACGUCGACGUUCAAGGUCCAGGACCUGCCUACCGAAUCCAGUUGCAGCAUCUGGACGGGAGCGUUAUCUCGACGGUGAGGCCUCGCCGGGCGAUCCACGCGUCGCAAGCGUAGCCACGUGCUUCCGAGCGGGGGUCUUUCCUCGCUCUCUCAUUCGAUGCCGCACGACUGAAUCAACGUCCUCACCUGCUCACCAUCUAGUUCGCAACCGGCAUUGUCGCCGACAAUACCACUGGCAUCAUCGCCGCUCAGUUCCUCGUCCCCAACCUCACAAUAUUUCCCACACGUCGGGUCCUGUUAAAGCCGAAGUGAGUUCGGUCACUCCGGAGAGAGGCGUGUUUUGGAGAUGGUUGCCGAACGACGCCGGGUUGGUGGUUCAGGUGAAGUAAUGUUUUGAUUUGGGGUUUGUUCAAUAGCUCGUGGUCCUUCAACGUGCGCCCGUCGAAGACACAAAGUACCGUUACAACUACCAACUCGCGCAAGAGGUCGCGCUCACCAUCACGGCCUGA